UCUCAGCUCUGUGCAAGUCUGCACACCCACACAUAUAUACUCAUAUAUAUUUACAUACACAUAAAAUUUUCUCUGACACUUUUUCGUUUAAAUAAAGAAAAAGAUAAAAAGUUUUUUCUGUGGAUUGAUAAUUGAAACAAUCGUCGUAGAAGCAGAGAUUCAACCUUCUCCUUUCUUUAUCUUUCCCUCUCACAAACAGAAACUUUUCAAAAGAAGAAAAUCACCGAAACGAUGGCGUUUCACCACAAUCAUCUCUCUCAAGACCUCUCUUUCAAUCAUUUCACCGACCAAGACGGACCUCCUCCGCCGCCUCCGCAGCAGCAGCAACAUUUCCACGACCCUCCGCCUCCAAAUUGGCUCAACACGGCGCUUCUACGCUCCGACAACAACAACAACUUCCUCAACCUCCACACCUCCGCCGCAACCACCUCCGAUUCUCCUUCCUCCGCCGCUGCUAAUCAGUGGCUACCCCGUUCCUCUUCCAUCCUCCAGCGUACCGAAAACAACAACAGCUCCGGCGCCGCCGUUGUCAUCGACGAAGGAGGAGCAGAGACGAUGAUCGGCGGCGAGAACAAGAACGACGGAGGAGGAGGAGCUGUGAGCUGGCAGAAUGCGAGGCAAAAGGCGGAGAUACUCUCCCAUCCGCUCUACGAACAGCUUCUGUCGGCGCACGUCGCGUGUUUGAGAACCGCGACGCCGGUUGAUCAGCUUCCGAGGAUCGACGCGCAGCUUGCUCAGUCGCAGAACGUCGUUGCGCAGUACUCUGCUUUAGGAGCCGGACAAGGACUCGUCGGCGACGACAAAGAGCUUGACCAGUUCAUGACGCAUUAUGUUCUGCUUCUGUGUUCUUUCAAAGAGCAACUACAACAACACGUGCGUGUUCAUGCAAUGGAAGCUGUAAUGGCUUGUUGGGAGAUUGAGCAGUCUCUUCAAAGCUUAACAGGUGUGUCUCCAGGAGAAGGCACGGGGGCAACAAUGUCUGAUGAUGAAGAUGAACAACAAGUAGAGAGCGAUGCUAAUAUGUUCGAUGGAGGAGGAGGCUUAGAUGUCUUGGGGUUUGGUCCUUUGGUUCCUACUGAGAGCGAGAGAUCUUUAAUGGAGCGUGUUAGACAAGAACUCAAACAUGAGCUCAAACAGGGUUACAAGGAGAAAAUAGUAGACAUAAGAGAGGAGAUACUAAGGAAGAGACGAGCUGGGAAAUUACCAGGAGAUACCACUUCUGUUCUCAAAGCAUGGUGGCAAUCUCAUUCCAAAUGGCCUUACCCUACUGAGGAAGAUAAGGCGAGGUUGGUGCAGGAGACAGGUUUGCAACUAAAGCAGAUAAACAAUUGGUUCAUUAAUCAGAGAAAGAGGAACUGGCAUAGCAAUCCAUCUUCUUCCACUGUCUUGAAGAACAAACGCAAAAACAAUGCAGGUGACAGUAGCGGAAGAGAGCGUUUCACGUAGAAAGAACAAAGUAUAUGGAGUGAAUUUGGGAUCUGGAUUGGAUGGGAUUCGAAGCAGUGUUUAGGGGUUAAAGUUGGGUUUAUACAGGAGAGGGGACAGUAUUAGAAAGCAACUUUUUGUGCAAUUACAACAUAGUACGUAGUAGUUUGGUUAUGUGAUGCCAUAUAUUUUAUUAGUAGUACACACAAACCAAAGAUGAAAUAAGAUGAUUCAGGCUUUUGUUUGAUGUUUUUUUCUUCAAUGGGAUAUAGUUUGUAUGCAUGAGUUUUAUUAUGAACCAUCAUCAGCAUGGUAUCUUGGGAAUAAGACAGUGAAUGGAGGUCAUUGGGAUGCA